AUCAAUAUCUUCAUCAUUCUCUUCAACAUCAUCAUCAGCAGUCAUGAUCUCUCAUUCUCUCCUGCUGGUUCUCACCUGCCUUCAGUCCUUCACAAGGGCCCAGAAUGCAGAUGGACCAGAUCAGUGCUGUACCAAGUUUCUGACACAACCACUCCCUGUAAGUAUCAUUACAGCUUGUAAAGUGACAGAGCUUCAGUGUGCAAAACCUGGAGUCAUCUUUACUCUACAGGACGGUCGUCAUGUGUGUGCAGAUCCCAGCUUCAAGUGGGUGAAGCAUCACAUGUACAGAAUUGACCAGCGUUUAAUAGUCUGAACAAACCUACAGAGAAUUUAAAUCCUCUUUUCAUUAAUAAAUAAUGAAUAAUUAUUUUAUGGACUUUUUCCAUAAUCAGACAUUAUGAUUAAAGCUUUCUGUUAUAAACUUAAAUAUAAUCUGAUUUUAUUUUACAGACUGUUAACAUGAAUUCAUUUACUUUUUAUUUACAUUUCUCUGUUUUAAAAGAAAAUCAUGUUGGAUGCAUUCAAAUAUUUAACAAGUUUAUAUAGUGACAUUAAUAUACUGAUAUAUGUAACAUACACACACAUGACUGAUCAGCAGUGUUGUGCUUGUUACUAAAAAAAUAGUAACUAGUUACAGUUAAUAGUUACUUCAUUCAAAAAGUAACUCAAUUACGUUAUUGAUUACUUUCACCAAAAAGUAACAGUUGCUGUUAAAAGUAACUUUUUAGUUAAUUUUUUAAAGAACGUUCUUUAAUGUUCCUAUUAAUGCCCUUUUAUGCAUUAUGGUCUAUACAAACACAAAACCAGACAUCCCAAGUAUCCCGGAUGUUCCGGGAGUCUCCCGCAUAUUGAUAGCGGCUCCCUGAUGCCCGCAAAUUAGUUACAAUCUCCCGGAAUCUAGAGCGAGCGAGCAAGAGCGCGCAUGCGCGACAGAGACAAGUAUUAGAUAUCUAUGGUAUUCAAGUAUGUGCUUCAAACCUUGUAGCGCAUGGUAGAGAGGGAGGGGGCCAAUCCUGAUUGGCCUGUUUCGGUAAGUCAACCAAUCAAUUGUCAGUGUGGGCAGGCUAUAGCCCAUGUGUUUCGGAAUUACUGCCGCACAUACAUGAAUAAACGGAAACACGCCCACAGCGCAUCUUCUUCGUGUUUACAGGUUGGCAUCCACCAAUCCUACAAUGCGUCGCUGCUGUAAACACGUUAGUCUGUAGGCUACACUUCAGCCUAAAUUAAUUAAUUAAAGAAAGUAACGAGUAAAACACCAUAUAGUAACGAUAACGCAGUUUGUAUAGACCAUAAAAGUAACGCGUUACAAUUAACGCGUUUCUGCCCAACACUGCUGAUCAGUGUGUUUGUUUUUUCUCACAUGUAUAGCUUCCUGUU